AUGGCCCAAUUUGUUAGUAACUGCUCAAACGCUUUGGCGAGGCUGGCAUUUUUUCGAAACUCUGUCCAGUGUAGUUGGCGUUUUGGUGCUAGAAGAGAGUUUGGUGGAACAAAUCGUAUUCCCAGGAAAAAUUGGAGCAAAGACGCUGAGAGAAUAAAAGUCUUUGGGGAGCAACUGGACUUCAGCAAGUAUGGGGUUUCCUGCAAAGAGCCGCAAGAGGUUUCUAAAUGUCUUUACCCGAAAAAGGACUGCGCAGUACGGAUGCCUGAUGGGCAGAGAUUUCAGGUCGGGCACCUUCAGAUAUUGGGCCACUCACUCCUCAGGGUUAGCGUCAACAAAGCGCUCUUGAGUGUUUUUAAAAGAUCGCCUCAAGACAUAUCCGGAUUUGACUUUAAUUACAGUGACAAAAUGGGCCACCUUAGCACAUCAAAGAGAUUCAUCAGCUCACUGCUGCGACGAUACAUAAGACAACGGUACGAGAAGCUCGCACGCAUCCCGAUGGCUGAAAGUGCUGUACCUUUGAGGGUUCAAAAGGUCUUCGACCAAAGGUCUUUCCAUGCGUUGAUCGGCUAUAUUAGCCUCACGAACGAUAGAGAAGCCGUUGAUCGCUUAUUGCAAGAGAAGCUUGCCAAGCCGAUCAUGAAAGGCGUUUUCGGCCAUUAA